GUAAAUAAUAAUAAUAAUAAUAACAUUAGAAUGAAUUUAUUUUUUUUAGAUAUAGUAUCAAAGAAAUCAGCAAGAUAUCAUUGCGAUAAACAUGUUGUAAAAUUAAUUUUAGAAGCAACACAAAUGUUAUAUUCGGUUUGGCAUUUAUGCGAACCCAACGAAGCAUGGAAAACUAAAGCACCAAGUAAUUACAUGAAACUAACACAUAAAAAUCAUCCACUUUCAAAGUGGGUUAGAACUAAUAACCAAACAUAUGACAUGGUAACUGAGUAUUGCAAUAGUUUAUUAGAAGAAUAUACACUUAGAUAUGGCAAAAUUCAUAGCAGCAAACUUCAUAUGGAUUGGUUAGAAAAAAACUAUCCAUCAAAUUUACCAAAAAGCAAUGAUUUACCAUUAAUGCCAUUAUGCAUGCCGGAUACUUACAAAGUAACACCAUCCACCAAGUGGUCUGAUGUUGUUGACUCCUAUAGAGCUUAUUAUGUUGGUGAAAAACUCCAUUUUUGUUCCUAUAAAGGUGUAGAAUGGCCUGAAUGGUUACCUCCACGUCCAAUCCAAACAAAGACCGAACCAAAAAGUAAAAAGACCAAAACAGCUGCUGCUAAAAAAGAUGAAGAAACAAAGAAAAGAGUUUCAAAGACCCCAGCCAAUGUAAAUAAAAAACUAACAACACUCCCUUCUUCAAAAGUAACAACCACUACUAAAACAACUACCACAACCACUACAACAACCAGUGCCUCAACUAGAAAUAAAGAUUAUUUAUUGGUUCCAAGUUUAUUUAAUCCAAACCCAAUUUUGGGUGCCACUGCACCAAUCCUGACCAGAAGCCAAGCUAAAUCUCAACAAAUCAAAAUUGAAAAAUAAAUAAUUGUAAAUUUUUAAAACC